AUGCGUUGGUAUGAACAAAAAGAAGAAGGCGAAAUUCUUGUUGGUGGAAAUGGUAAAGGAAAUCAAUUGAAUUGUCCCAUGGGUUUAUCAUUUGAUGAUGAAGGAACUUUUUAUGUUGCUGAUUAUUAUAAUCAUCGAAUUGAAAAAUUUGAAAUAAUUAAUAUUGAAUUUGUCGUUAUUAAUGAUGAACAACAACCAACUCAAUUAUUUAUUAUUAUGAUUCAAGGUGGUUGA